AUGCCGGCGGAGACCUCUGGCAAGAAUGGGCAAACUACCUCACCGUCUCACGCUUCUGGCAAAUUGGGACAAAACACCUCGCCAACGAAGUCGGCCAAAUCGGGAAACCAUCUAGGCGAUCCAUAUUCGGGCGAAGAGGACGUCGCUUCUUUGGACGGCAGCCAACUCACUAACGAAUUUUCAUCUCAACUGUCUAUCAAUAUGGGCGCACAAGCUGCGGAGGAAUUUGUUACGUUCGCUCCUGAUGGUGGCUAUGGAUGGAUUAUCGUGUUCGCGGCGUUCAUGUCGAACUUCGUCGUUGAUGGUAUCUCCACAGCGUUCUCGGAAUUUAAAAAGUCAUACAAAUCUCACUUUGGCGCUUCGGAUGCUGCCACCUCUCUUAUCGGAUCUCUUAUCAUCGGAACUUAUCUGCUCGUUGGCCCAAUCGUCGGCGGACUUACUAACAAGUAUGGCGCUCGAGUCGUCGUUAUCAUUGGCGCUGUGCUCUGCGGAACCGCUUUCUUGAUUUGCGUUGCUGCUCCAAACAUCUACGUUUUCAUGAUUCUCUAUGGUGUCAUGGGAGGUGCUGGAUUCGGAAUGAUCUACCUUCCGGCAAUCGUCGUGGUUGGAUUCUACUUUGAGUCGAAACGCGCUAUGGCUACUGGUAUCUCGGUUGCUGGUUCAGGUGUCGGAACAUUCGUCAUGCCGAUCAUUUGCCAAUACUGCGUUAACAACUUCGGAUGGCAACACACCCUCUGGAUUCUUGCCGGUUUCAACUUUGCAUGCGCAUUGUUUGGAAUCCUUUACAAGCCGCUUCCCAUGAUUAACGUGAACGAGCUCCGUGAACAAGAAAUGCAACCACUGAAACAAGCGUUGUCGAAGAUGUCUGAUGGAGAGGAAGAUGGUGUUGAAAGCCCGAACGCGAUUCGCUCGACAUCCGCCGCCAGCGGUCACAACAACGAUGAUGAUCCAUCGCAUGACCCAGCACUUCAGCGUCUUCGCAACCACGAUAACGAUGGAACCGACUCUCAAGGAACCAAAUCACCGGAUGGCAAGAACCGCGGGCACAGCAGUGCUCAACAACGAUCCCGCAAGCACACCUUGACCAGCAUGGGAUCCGAGAUGACCUCACAACAUGAUUUGAAAUCAUCUAGAGGAAAUCUUGCCGAUAAUCGCCUCAGCAAGGUGUCGGCUAGAAGCUUCGCGCAAUCAUUGAGCAAAUUGGGAAAGGCUGGAGAAUCCAACUUGAGCAUCGCUUUGAGCGGAGUUGAUCCACAGGAGUUUAAUCGCCCAUUGAACCGUCAGGAUAUUUUCUACGGAGGAUCCAUUACUAACUUAAAGGAAUAUAAACAGGAAGGAAAUAUGGCAAACUUCAGAGCUUCAACAAUGUCAAUUCCAAAAAGUGUUAUUGGACAAGCUGCCUCUCACAUGAGCUUGAAUCGUGCUGGUAGCCGCCUUGGAGACGUCGGAGUUAUUGAGGAAGAGCCAGAGCUCGAUGAAUACGCCGACGAUUUGCCAUGCAAGUGCCUUCCACUAGCCGCUCGCAUCGCGUUCUCCGAAAUGAUCGAUGUCUCACUUCUCAAGGACCCAAUCAUGUUGCUUCUCUGCGUUUCGAACCUUCUUGGAAUGAUGGGAUUCUACAUUCCGUUCAUGUUCCUUAAAGAUCUCUCUGAAUCGAUGAAACUUGAUCAAGAUCUCGCAAAAUACCUUGUUCCAAUAAUUGGAAUCACCAACACCGUUGGCAGGAUUUUCUUCGGAUGGGUGGCUGACAAAAAAUACAUGACUGCUCUCAACAUCAACAAUCUCUCAUUGAUUAUCUGUGGUGUGCUCACAAUGGUGUGCCCACUUCUCCGCACCUUCCCUGGACAGCUCUUCUACGCCUUCUUCUUCGGAUUCAUCAUCUCGGCCUACAUUUGCUUGACUUCCAUUGUCUUGGCUGAUCUCAUGGGACUUGAUAAGCUCACAAACUCCUUCGGACUUCUCGUCGUUGCUCGUGGUAUUGCUGCGUUGGCUGGAAGCCCGUUCGCCGGACUCGUCUAUGAUAUCACGAAAUCAUAUGAUGCCGCCUUCUACUUUGGUGGUGCUGUCAUUCUUAUUGCUGGAAUCAUCUCAGCAAUUAUCCCAUUCAUUCUCAAGAGAAAGAAUUCGGAAGAAGCGAUUUUAGACGAUGAGCUAGCAAAACUGCCUGACCAAGAUAACAUGUCCGGCAAAUUGUCGGUUCUCACUGAACGGUCUGAGGAAAACCUCACCGAAUAUCAGCGUACUAUUCAGUCGCUAAGACAGCAACAUCAGUUGCUUCAAGACCUCGAGGAGGAAAAACGCAAGCAGAUCCAGAACGGUGUCGUCGAAGAAGUUGACGAGACCGAUGAGACGGUCCCACUCAAGGCCAUCAAGGCUUAA